CCGCGCCCUGCGAAGGCAGCCGUCUUCCCGCCCCGCUCUCCGCGGCCCCGUCGUUUUCCCCGGUUCUCCCCGGGCGGCUUGCUGCCAUGGGCACCGACAGCCGCGCGGCCGGGGCGCUCCUGGCGCGGGCCAGCACCCUGCACCUGCAGACCGGGAACCUGCUCAACUGGGGCCGCCUGCGGAAAAAGUGCCCGUCCACGCACAGCGAGGAGCUUCGAGACUGUAUCCAAAAGACCUUGAAUGAGUGGAGUUCCCAAAUCAGCCCUGAUUUGGUCAGGGAGUUUCCAGAUGUCUUGGAAUGCACCAUGUCGCACGCAGUUGAGAAGAUAAACCCUGAUGAACGAGAAGAAAUGAAAGUUUCUGCAAAACUGUUCAUCGUAGGAUCGAAUUCAUCAUCAUCAACUAGGAGUGCAGUUGACAUGGCAUGCUCGGUACUUGGAGUUGCACAGCUGGACUCUGUCAUCAUCGCUUCACCUCCAAUUGAAGAUGGAGUUAAUCUUUCCUUGGAGCAUUUGCAACCUUACUGGGAGGAACUAGAAAACUUAGUUCAGAGCAAGAAAAUUGUUGCUAUAGGCACCUCUGAUCUGGACAAAACACAGCUGGAGCAGCUGUAUCAGUGGGCGCAGGUAAAACCAAAUAGUAAUCAAGUUAAUCUUGCCUCCUGCUGUGUGAUGCCACCAGAUUUGACUGCAUUUGCUAAACAAUUUGACAUACAGCUACUGACUCAUAAUGACCCAAAAGAACUGCUCUCUGAGGCAAGUUUCCAAGAAGCUCUUCAAGAAAGCAUCCCUGACAUAGAAGCCCAGGAGUGGGUGCCGCUGUGGCUGCUGAGAUACUCGGUCAUUGUGAAAAGCAGAGGAAUCAUCAAGUCAAAAGGCUACAUUUUGCAAGCCAAAAGAAGAGGCUCUUAACUACCGUGCAGGCUCACACCUCAUUGACCUGUGUUUAUCUUGAACA